GGCGCCUCGCCGGCCGCCGCCGCCUCGCGCCUGGGCGUGCGCGUUUCCAUGGAGACGCCUUCGCCGCCCCGCCCUGCGGCCCCCAGGCAGCCCGCGGCGGCCGGGCGGAGCGGCGGCGCAUGCGCAGAGCCGCAAGCCGCGCCAGCGCACACGCGCCACGCAGUGGGCGGGGCUGCGGCCGCGCAGGCGCAUCGGGGCCCGAGCCUCCCAGCGUGCCCCGGGCGGCCACGGCGGGCACCGCGGACGGAGCGGCCCUGGCGGCGACUGAAGGGGCCGAGUCGAACCCGGUGCCGGGGGACGCCGCCGGGCCGCCCACGCCCGCCAUGAAGACUCCCGAAGGCUGCGCGGGCGACCCGGACCCGGACCCGGGCCCGGACCCGGACCCGGAGGAGAGCGCCCUGCGCUGGGACCUAAGCGGCCCGCAGAUCCUGGCGCUGACGGAGCAGCUGAUGGCACGCACACGCCGCGUGUACGACACGGUGGGCGCGCUGCCCCGCGACUCCGUCACCUACGGCAACACCCUGCGCGCGCUGGCCGACGCCGAGGCGGCCUACACGGUGCAGAGGAACGCGCUGGACUUCCCGCAGCACGUGUCGCCCUGCAGGGCCGUGCGCGCCGCCAGCACCGAGGCCGACAAGCAGCUGUCGGACUUCGACGUGGAGAUGAGCAUGCGGCGCGACGUGUACCAGCGCGUGGUGUGGCUGCAGGAGAAGCUCCCCGCAGACUCGCUGAGCCCCGAGGCGGUGCGCUACCUGGAGCGGCUGGUGAAGCUGGGCCGCAGGAACGGGCUGCACCUGCCUGAGGACGUGCAGGAGGAAAUCAAGAGCCUCAAGAAGAGGCUGAGCCUGCUGUGCAUCGAGUUCAACCGGAACCUGAACGAGGACACCACCUUCUUGCCCUUCACCCGCGAGGAGCUGGGGGGCCUCCCGGACGACUUCCUGGACUCCCUGGAGCGGCUGGAGGACGGGCGGCUCAAGGUGACGCUCAAAUACCCGCACUACUUCCCGCUGCUUAAGAGGUGCCACGUGCCCGACACGCGCCGCCAGGUGGAGACCGCCUUCAACCGCCGCUGCCAAGAGGAGAACCGCGCCAUCCUGGCGGAGCUGCUGGCCCUGCGUGCGGAGAAGGCGCGGCUGCUGGGUUACUCCUCGCACGCCGACUACGUGCUGGAGAUGAACAUGGCGCGAGACAGCCUGGCGGUGGCCGACUUCCUGGAUGAGCUGGCGCAGAAGCUGCGGCCGCUGGGCGAGCGGGAGCGCGCGGAGCUGCUGGCGCUCAAGGAGGCCGAGUGCGCGGCGCGGGGGCUGCCGUUCGACGGGCGGCUGCGGGCCUGGGACCUGCGCUACUACCAGAGCCGCGUGGAGGAGACGCGCUUCCGCGUGGACCACGAGCAGCUCAAGGACUACUUUCCGCUGGGCGCCGUCACGGCCGGCCUGCUCGGCCUGUACCGGGAGCUGCUCGGCCUGCACUUCCGCCCCGAGCCUGGGCCCGCGUGGCACCCCGACGUGCAGCUCUACGCCGUGCACGACGCCGCCUCCGGCUUCCUGCUCGGCCGCUUCUACCUGGACCUCUACCCGCGGGAGGGCAAGUACGGCCACGCCGCCUGCUUCGGCCUGCAGCCCGGCUGUGCGCGACCCGACGGCAGCCGGAGGGUGGCGGUGGCGGCCAUGGUGGCGAACUUCAGCCGGCCGACGGCGGGGGCGCCCGCGCUGCUGCGGCACGACGAGGUGGAGACGUUCUUCCACGAGUUCGGCCACGUGAUGCACCAGCUGUGCUCGCAGGCCGCCUUCGCGCUGUUCAGCGGCACCCGCGUGGAGCGCGACUUCGUGGAGGCGCCGUCGCAGAUGCUGGAGAACUGGGUGUGGGAGCGCGAGCCGCUGCGGCGCAUGUCGGGCCACCACCGCACCGGAGAGCCGCUCCCGCCCGCGCUGCUCGAUCAGCUCCUCGCCUCCCGCCAGGCCAACGCGGGGCUCCUCAACCUGCGGCAGGUGGUGCUGGCCAAGCUGGACCAGGUGCUGCACACGCAGCCGGGCGCCGACCCUGCCGACGAGUACGCGCGCCUCUGCCGGGACGUGCUGGGCGUGCCCGCCACGCCAGGCACCAACAUGCCAGCCACCUUCGGGCACCUGGCGGGCGGCUACGACGCGCAGUACUACGGCUACCUGUGGGGCGAGGUCUUCUCUGCAGACAUGUUCCACACGCGCUUCAAGCGCGAGGGUAUCCUGAGCACCAAGGUGGGCAUGGACUACCGUCGCUGCAUCCUCAGCCCCGGUGGCUCCCAUGACGCGGCGGCCAUGCUGCGGCAGUUCCUGGGCCGCGAACCCAAGCAGGACGCCUUCCUGCUCAGCAAGGGGCUGCCCGUGGAUGGCUGCCCGCAGAAGGACGGCGCCGCGCCCCACCUGCCCCCCACGGGCCCCAAACCCCCCCAGUUCUGGCAGGAUGCUCUGAUUCAGCAAGUGGCUCACACCAGCCUCGGGCAAGACCAGCACUGGCCAGGGGCCCUGAAGCCAGAAGAACCAGCCCUGGACCCUAUCAGAAAGGACUACCCUUAUCUGAACCCCAUAUACUGGCACGCCAGCGACUUUGAGGACACGUGGGAACGGCGGGUGUGCCUGCCCUGGCAGUCGAAGAGGCGGGUGGUGCCGCAGAGCGUGGAGAGGGUGCGGGUCCUGCACCACGGGGGCCUGGUGCGUACCGUGGCCCUCAGCAGCUUCACACGCCACCUCUUCACCUGCGGCGGGGGCGUCAAGGUGUGGAACCUGGCCAGCCACCAGGGGAACAUGUUCCCCGUCGCCCACCUCAGGGCACAGACCCCAGGUGGGAGCCUGCACUCCUGCCUGCUGUCCCCCGACAACUCCCUGCUGCUGGUGGGCGGGGACAGCCUGGCGGGCGUGAGCCUCUGGGACCUGAAGGCGUCCUGCCUGCACGAGUGCGCCCAGAUGCCCUGCAUCGGGCUCUCCAGCCAGGCCCUGGGUGUCUGCACCGAGAGGUGCCUGGUCCUUGCCAGCUUCUCCCAGGGCUCCGUGCGCGCCUGGGACCCCAGGACCCAGCAGGUGGUCAGGGACCUCAGGGGGCCUCCCGACUCUGCCAUGCGCCUGGCUGUCAAGGGACAGACAGUGUGGACCGGGGGCCUGGACUCCUGCCUCCGCUGCUGGGACCUCAGAGCCCCCAGCAAGCCCCAGGAGUUUGACUUUGAGUCUGAAAUCAUGGGCCUGUGCCCCCACCCCUUGGAGAACCUGGUACUGGUGAGUACAGCCAACGGCCAGCAGUGGCUGCAGUCCACCGAGAAUCUGGAGAGGCGGAGUGUGGCCUUCAAGGACGUUCUCAUUGUGGACCUCAAGUUCUCGCCCCAGGGUGAGCAGGUGGGCGGGCCGGGCCCCCCAUCCAUGCCGGUCAGGCUGCCUGGCUGUUGGGGGCAGUGUUGCGACAGGCCGAGCGGGCUCCCUGGUCACCCCCAGCUGCCGAGCCCCCCAGUCCUCACUGUGCUCAGAUGCCCCACCCGCAGGGCUGAGACCCACCCUUUCAGCUGUCACCCUCGCCCCUGUCGCCCCCAGGCCAGUGGUGGGUGAGCGUGGGCAUGGACG